GUUCCUGACUCCCACGAAUCUCCUGCAGCAGCAUCGCCCUCGCCCGAUUAAUCGCCGCAAAGCACAGAAACACAUGCUCCUCGAGAUCCUCCAGCUGCUGCACCAAACUCGCCCGAUUCCUACCCAGCUGCUUCAAAACCUCCUGAAUCGAGUACCCAUCCAGCCCUCUCUCCACCCCCAACCUCACCAGCAACCUAUCGUUCUCCACCGCCGCCUGCAGCCUCGCCACCAACCUCUCUAUCGUGUCCACGUCAUUCCCCAGCACGUACGCACCUUUAGCCGCCGCAUCAAGCUGACUCAAACUCACCAACUCCUUUUUAGGCAGAAAAACGACAGGCGGGCACACGGGCCCCGCCACAAGUGCCACGAGAGCAUGCGCGCCUAUAGCCACGGCCGACACAGCAAUUCCCACAUCGAGCUGGCGCCUGAGGUCCGAGAUCGCGUCGAAAAACGGGUUUUCGAGCCGGUCGAAAUUGACGAAGGCCUCGAAAGCCAACUGGCAUUGGGAGGGGGAGAGGGAAGAGUGGGAGUCGAACGGGAGGUGUUCGAGGAGGUUGUGCACGGGGGAAUACGCGAGUCGGACAUGUUGUACGUCGCGGUACAAGUGGAGGCAGAGGCGGGAGGUCUGCUCGCUGUGUUCGAAGUAGGCGGUGACAAGACGGGAGAGGGAGGAGCCAGGGGCGAUUUGGGAAAGUGCUUCCUGGACGUGCUCGCGGCUCGGCUGGAGGACGUUGUCCAGGUCAGCGUGGCCGGUCGAGACGGGGAUGUUGGGAUUCGGGUCGAAUGUUCUGCGGAUUUCGCUGUAGGAGUUUGUUUGGAGGGCGAGAGUGUAUUCACGGUUGAGGUUGAUGAAAAAUCGUGCUACAAGACGUGGAAGAUGACGGAAAGAUACAAACAAAUGGAUGCGAAAUUUCGACAUGAGGGAUCAGCACUUACAACCAAGAUCUCUAAAAAUCAAAGAUUGAUAAAUUGCACACAACUCGGUGCGCCUUUCAUUGACAACACUAAAACCAUUUCAUGGACU